AUGUUCGCUCCAGCAAUCCUCGCCUUGAUCGGCUUGGCAGCCAUGUCCGAAGCCGCCCCGUUCCCACCUUGCUGGCAUCCGUUACCACCAAGACCCUGCGACCACUAUCAACACUUCCCUGUACCAGUACCAGCACCUGCUCAACCAUUGCCUUCUUUCGCAGAGCUGCAGAGCUUAUUGAACGCAAUCAGAGCAACAGCAGGCUCGACGACUGCUGCUCCACAGGCAGUGACAUCGACCACGCAAGCUCCGGUAACAGCUCCACCAACUGCCGCAACUGAAGCUAAAAUACCUUCUCUUGCUGAGUUGCAAAGCUUGUUGAACGCACUGGGAAUAUCCCUUCCAGCAGCCGUGAAUCAGGCUCCAGCAGUCGUAACCCAGGCUCCAGCAGUCGCAAUCCAGGCUCCAGCAGUCGUAACCCAGGCUCCAGCAGUCGCAACCCAGGCUCCAGCAGUCGUAAACGAGGCUCAAGCAGUCGUAAACUAG